AGUGGGGGCGGAUGAGCAUCCACAGCUCUCCAUCUUCUUUUCCCCUCGUGGGCAAAAGCUGCAUUCGCCUUGUGUAAUCUGACGGGGGAUGUGCUGUCAUCCAUUCCUGUCUUGACGUUCCAACCCCGACCUUGCUCCCCUCAACGUCCUAAUUUUUUGAGUCCCCGUCAGACUGCCCUGCUGGUGGUAUAUAUUAAUUACCCCUCGUAGCUCCAGCUCCGUUCCCAAAUCCUUUUUCUCUCCACACACGCACGUAGCGCAUACUACGCUUUCACGACCAAUUUCAACUUUUCUUCCCUUUUCAUACACCGAAGCGUCAAGUCUUAAUCAUACAUUCUGCCAAGAUGGAAAUGCCAUUCCGCCAGCCCUACCGCAAGCCUUCCCGGCAGCAGUCGCGGAAGAUGUCUACGGACCCCCACAACGAAAUCAACCCUCAUCAAGAGCACUUCAUCGGUAUUGAUGUUGGCACUGGUAGCGCGCGGGCGUGCAUCAUUGACAGCAAGGGAGACAUUGUCGGUUUAGCUUCUGAAAACAUUGGCCUCUGGCAGCCUGAACAGGAUUUCUACGAACAAUCGACCAACGACAUCUGGAGAUGCAUUUGUGUGUGCGUCCAGAGAGCAUUGAGCCAGCACGGUGUCGAGCCCGACACUGUACGUGGCAUUGGCUUCGACGCCACUUGCUCCCUCACUCUCUUCUCAAACGAUACCGACGAGCCCGUGUCUGUGACUGGACCCAACUUCGACUCUGACCGCAACGUCAUCCUAUGGCUCGACCACCGACCGAUCGAGGAGACCAAGAAGAUCAACGCUACCAAGCACAACUUGCUCCGAUACGUCGGCGGCACCAUGUCUAUUGAAAUGGAGAUGCCCAAGGUUCUGUGGCUGAAGAACCACAUGCCCAAGGAGCUGUUUGACCGCUGCAAGUUCUUUGACCUGGGUGACGCUCUGACCCACAUUGCUACGGGCAACGAGACGCGGAGCUUCUGCAGCACUGUCUGUAAGCAGGGCUAUGUUCCUGUAGGCGUUGACGGAAGCGUCAAGGGCUGGCAAGAGGACUUUUACAACGAGAUUGGCCUUGGAGAGCUCACCGAGGAUAACUUCAAGCGCAUGGGAGGAGUCGACGGGGUGAACGGCAAGUACUUGAGCGCUGGUGACCUUGUUGGCACUCUCAGCGAAAAGGCCGCGAGAGAGCUUGGUCUUCCUGCUGGCAUCGCUGUUGGUAGCGGUGUCAUCGACGCGUACGCUGGCUGGAUUGGAACCGUUGGCGCCAAGGUCAAGCUCAGCAGCCACGAGUUGGCCGCUGACGUCCCCAAGAACGACGUCAGUCAGGCAUUUGGUCGUCUGGCCGCUGUCGCUGGUACCUCGACCUGUCACAUUGCCAUGUCCCACGAUCCCGUCUUUGUUAACGGUGUUUGGGGACCGUACAAGGAUGUCCUCAUUCCCGACUAUUGGAUGGCCGAAGGUGGCCAGAGCGCCACUGGUGAGCUUCUGAAAUAUGUCAUUGAGACGCACCCGGCAUUUGCCCAGGCCAUGUCCGUCUCGGAGACCUACAACACCAACAUUUACAACUAUCUCAACGAGCACCUCCGUGAGAUGCAGGCGAAGAUUGACGCUCCCAGCGUUUCUUACCUCGGUCGCCACUACUUCUUCUACGGUGACUUGUUCGGCAACCGCUCGCCUAUUGCCGACCCCUCUAUGAGAGGCGCUGUCAUUGGUAUGAGCAAUGACCGCUCCCUUGACGGCCUUGCUCUGAACUAUUAUGGUGUGCUUGAAUUCAUUGCUCUACAAACCCGUCACAUUGUGGAGGCAAUGAACGAUGCUGGCCACACUUUGAACUCCAUCUUCAUGUCCGGCAGUCAAUGCCAGAAUGACAUUCUGAUGGAUCUUGUCGCAACCGCAUGCAACAUGCCCGUCGUCAUUCCCCGAUAUGUCCAUGCUGCCGUCUGCCACGGUGCCGCCAUGCUUGGUGCCAAGGCUGCGAGCGCUGACAAGAACGGCAAGACGGAAGAACUCUGGAGCAUCAUGGACCGCAUGAGCAAGCCUGGCAAGGUUAUCCAUCCUUCCAAGGAUCCCUACCUAACGAAGCUUCUGGACGCCAAGUUCAAGGUCUUCCUUGACCAGUGCCAGACUCAGCGCAAGCUUCGCAAGGAGAUUGAUGAGAUUUUGGUCGGUACAACAGUGGUAUUGUUCAUCACUUGUGCUUUUCCACAAUGCUCUCCGAGGGCUCGUACUGAAUCUGGCGCUACCAAUACGACACCCUCUGCGCCUCAGACAGGCUCGCUUUUUGGAAAUUCGACGGCAUCGCAGCCGCCGCAGCAAUCAUCUCUUCUGUCCGGCUUCGGAGCUGGCGCUAAACCACAGCAGCCGUCCGGAGGUUUGUUUUCCGGACUAGGCACUCAGAAUCAGCAGCCGCAACAACAACAACAACAACAACAGCAACAGCCAUCUGGAGGGCUCUUCGGUGCCUCGACCGCUGCAAAUACCCAACCGACUGCCCAGCCAUCUCUCUUUUCAAAUACGCAGCAAGGUACUACCGCCGCAAGGCCGCCUGGCGGCUCCCUGUUGGGCAGUGGUACGCAAACUCAAACCUCACUCCCACAACUCCAACAGGACCAGGUCCUUCAGACUUCUCAGCCUGCUUACUUUGAGAGCUUGCUGGAGAAGGGAAGGAAGAGGAAUCAUGGCGCCCGCGGCGAAAGUGCGUUCAAUGAGCUGCCAAGCCUGCAGCUCGGCUUGGGGGACAUUGCCAGGAGGGUGAGAGAAAUGGGAGGAUCAAAAGAGGCAGCACCACGGGCAACUGCUACUGACAGCAAAGCUCACUAUCUCCUUGCCGCAUCUGGUGUCUCACCAGCGUCAGCAAUUCGCGACCUUAACACGUUACAAGCCCAAGCACAUGCACCGGCUGCUGUUCAGCCCAGUACUCAGUUUGACACGGACAUUGAAGGGUACUUGAACAAAUUGCAGACUCAAUCGACCCUUUCAAUGAUUGCGGAGAGUCUCAAUCGCUCAGCACGAGACUUUGAUUCUUUUCUGGAAGAGAAUGUAUCAAUGGAAUGGGACGCACAAAGACGACGCAUUUAUGAGCACUUUGGCUUGGCUCCUAAACUGGACGCAUCCCUCAAAGAUGACAGCCCGGCCUUUGGUGCCUCCAGCCCUGUUGCCAAAGGUGGGUUUGGCCGCUCGACAAGGCGGGGCAAGGCCCAGGCAGCACAAGGCUCGCGCUUUGGCACCUCUACUGGCGGCAACGUCUUCAAUGCGUCAAAUAUGCGCACCUCUGUAAUUGGAGCGCCCAGUCAUGUAUCGCAGGCUAAAGCGCCAUUGUUUGCCGACGUUGCUGAGCAAAACGGCAACGCAGCUCCAACGGCAGGAGAUACGAGGUUCAGAGUGGAAGAAGAGGAGCUUUUUGCAAAGAAGGUCCAGCAACUCAAUACCUCAAGGUUACAAGAGCGGGUGUUCCCUGUUCUUUUGGAGUUUCAGGGCGUAGAGUCGCAAUACGGUGGAGAUGCGAGCCAACAGUUGGCGGAAGCGUAUGGGGCUUUGAUCGAGAUUGUAAACGAAGAUCCCAAUGCGGAAUCAGUUUCCGAACCCAAUGCUAUAAAGGAGCGCCAAUUUGCGGUGGACUAUCUCGAUGAGAUGCCCAAUUCAUCAAAGGCAAUGUCCACAAGGAAGAGGAUAAUAGACGGUUCAAGGCGCUUCCUGGAGAAACAAUUCUAUCAGAAUUUGGAGGCCCAGAUUGCAAGAAACCCCAGGGAAGCCAGCCUCGGAGGUAUUCCAACGACACUCAACAAAGUCCGGGCAUUUAUCCGUCUUCGAGCCUCGCGAAAGGACCUCGUUCAGGAUAACGGAGACCUUCAAAUGCUUGGAGAUGACUACUGCUGGGUCCUCAUCUUCUACCUCCUCCGAGCUGGCCUCGUCAAGGAGGCCGCCGAAUACGUGACGUCAAAUGGCGCCGCGUUCCGGAACAUUGAUCGAAACUUUGUCACAUAUAUUACCAGCUAUGCAAACAGCCCUGACCGCAGAUUACCCCGUGCUUUACAAGACAGGAUCAACUCGGAGUACUCGCAACGUUCGCGGAUUGCGCCUGAACAUUCAAUUGAUCCGUACCGCAUGGCUUGCUACAAGGUUGUUGGACGAUGUGAGCUCAGCAAGCGGAGUCUUGAGGGCGUAGGGCAGGGAGUUGAAGACUGGAUUUGGUUGCAAUUCAACCUCGCCCGCGAGGUCAACAGAGUGGAAGAGGUGGCUACUGAAGUCUAUGGACUCGAAGAAGUACGGGCGGUGAUUCGCGAUAUCGGUCAGCGACAUUUCCUCAAGGGCUCAGAUAAUGGUGCGGGUUACGGAAUCUUUUUCCGGCUACAGAUUUUGGGUGGCAUGUUCGAGCAGGCGAUUGCGUACCUCUACCCUCACUCAUACGUAGCGGCUGUGCAUUUUGCCAUUGCUUUGGCAUUCUAUGGUCUUUUGCGUGUUUCGGACUUUAUGUCCUCUGAGUCAGAGCUUUUGAGCUUCAACACAAAGGGUCUGCCACAGAUCAACUUUGGCCGUAUGCUUGGUUACUAUACGCGCGAUUUCCGUGCCGGCAAUGUCGAAGCAGCUGCUGAUUAUCUCACACUCAUUUGCCUCAACGCCGACCUACCUGGCCCUGCCGGCAAGUCGCAAUCGUCGCUCUGCCAUGAAGCUCUUCGCGAGCUGGUUCUCGAGACGAGAGAAUUUGCCAAGCUUCUGGGCGACAUUCGCAAGGAUGGCCAGCGUAUCAAGGGUGCUAUUGAGCAGCGAGUGAAGUUGAUCAAGCUUGCCGACCAGGAAGAGUUCCUCAAGGCAGUCACCGUCCAAGCCGCUGCAGUGGCGGACGACAACGGCCGCACUACGGAUGCCGUUUUGCUUUACCACUUGGCUGAAGAAUACGACAAUGUCGUCCAGAUUAUCAACCGUGCUCUCUCUGAGGCCAUUGCUGUCGAUUUGGACCAGGAGCCAGUCCGACUUCAGCCGCUGAAACCUCGCAACAACAUCACCGGCGCCUCCACUAACGGCAGCAGCAACAUCUCUGAGAAGAAUGCUGCCGCUUCAGACGCAGGCAUCAGCUUCAGCUUGACCACAAUCGAAGACCCAGUCGUCUUGGCCUUGAGAAUGGUCAACCUGUACGACUCAAAUGCCAUGUACUUUAAGAAGAUUCACAAGGCAAAUCGCCAAGCAGCGGCAUUACUUUUGCAGAUGGACCACGCCAAGAACCUCGUGCGGGAGCGUAAAUGGGCGCUAGCACUAGAUCAAAUUUCAAUUCUCUCUAUCCUGCCAGUCACCGCACGCUCCUCCGUCCCGCUCAUCCGCAGCGCCGCUCAGGCUUUCAACUCCCUGCCUCCAGUUGUCGCGCAGCUUAUUGGCAACCUGCUCAUGUGGACCAUCUUAUGCUGCGGUCGUCAUCGCGAAAUUUUACUGUCAUCCGAGUACGAAGACCGGACGCGCAGAGAAAUGGCCGAAUCCCUGCUCGUCACCGUCAAAGAUCUCAUGGUCUUUGCCGGUCUCAUCCGGUACAAGUUGCCUCCGCGCGUUUUCGAAGCCCUGGCCCACGCAAGCCAGGACUUGGGCGCAUAGUAUAUCCGUAUCUAUUUACAAUUAUAUGAUUAGAAUCGUUUCAUCUGAAUCAUGACCUUGGAGUCAUGACCGCUCGUGCAACGUCAAAAGAAUGUGUUAUGUGGAUCGGUAUUUGUGUUUGAUAUGUGGACCGGUAUUUGUGUUUUGAUUUGUGGACCGGACCGGUAGUUGUGUUUCUAAUAGCAAUCUAUUCCCGCAUUGUCCUGUCAGCGCGGUUGCUACCAUGAAUUGUAUCAAACUAUAAUACAACGUUAUGAGAUAGGC